GGCACAAGAACAAUCAAUUCUUGCAAGUUAUCCCUUACUACCUCACUUAAGUCCAUAGGUUGACAGCACCAUCACGUUGGAUGCUCACUACCCUUUCAACAGCAAUCUCGAGUGGUGUUUCCUCUCUUUUUACAUAUUCUCACCAAUUCAACUUCAUGAUACAAAAACCUUAUACUUCUGAUAUGAUUCCAGAAGAGAAGAAGACUGUAUCCGGAUAAAGCCAUCCAACUUUCAGUAACGUCCCCCCCUCGAACUUUCACUUUCCUCUCGUUUAAUUGGGUUUAUUUGGUCAAUGAGAAGACAAACCAAAACAAAUCAAAACAAACAAGUCUUUGGCAUUAAAACAGGAGUACCUUGAGGGCCAGCUUGUUCCCUUGUAUAAUCCUAUUUUCAAUUUUCAAACUCAUUUUUUAUUUUCCAAACGUUAACGCCCUUUCGAAUUUCUUAUCUCACCAGCGAAAACUAGGCCAAUUGUUGAUAUCUACCAACAACUGCCUUUCAAUCAUGGACCCUUUGACCAACAAUGGCUCUCUCCUUUCAGGUGAGCUUGAUAGCUUCAUGAACAAAUUGGCUACUCUGAAGGACAAUGGUAAAAAUCUGAACAUCGAAGACCUUGCAAGAGAGCUAUUCGGUCUUACCCUGGAAGACGCUUCAAGUGAUCUGGGCAUUCGUGAUGGUCCUAAUGGAGAAAGACCCACGAAGGCAUCACAAAUGUUGAAAGUUUAUUUGAUUUUGUCGGAUGAGCAUUGCAGGAGAGUUGUGGAGCUCCGCAGCAGGGGAUGGCAUGACAAUAAAGAAGACGGCGAUGCGCACUUCAAGCAACAACGAGAACGUGCCGACUCAACCACAUCAGAGGGUGAACGUGGCUUUUACAGGAUGAUGCAACAAAUCGGAGAAGAAAUGCACAACGCUCACAGUAUCUUCAACAUACCCUUCGUCCCAGAUGGUCAGGUCAACAUACUCGAUCUCUGCAUGGCCCCUGGAGGUUACACUGCAGCAGCUCUCGACCACCGCAAUAGCUUCAAAGCAUAUGCCAUCACAUUGGCCCAUGAAUCUGGUGGGCACAAUGUUAUAAUCGAUAGGAAUCGCCUCCAGGGUCUUAGAUUUCAUGAUAUUACAAUGUUCAAGGAGUUCUGCCCAAAUGGUAAAGACAUUCCCGAAGAUUUCAAGUCGAAAUUCAGUGAUAUCAAGCCCUUCAAGUACAUUAAGUAUCAUCUUGUUUUUGCCGACGGCAAGACUCUUCGUACUCAUGAUCGCAUCAAGGACACCUACAACGCCAACCUUAAUAAGGAAACAGUGCGAUUACAAACUUCGCAACUGAUUCUUGCCAUGAACAGAAUGCACAAUGGAGGUACUUUGGUGAUGUUAUUACAUAAGAUUGAUACAUGGCAUUCAGCAUACAUGUUGUAUACAUUCUCGAAAUUCGCUAAGGUUGAAGUCUUCAAGCCUGUUAAGAAGCAUGCUGCAAGAAGUAGUUUCUACAUGAUUGCGAAAGAUAUUAAAGUCAAUCAUCCAGAGACAAUCAAGGCUAUUGAUGAAUGGAAGGAAGAUUGGUAUUAUGCCACAUUCGGAGGUCCAGAUAACAUGGGUCUAGCCAAGGAGGAGCCAACAAAUGAAAUAGUUCAAGAAUUACUGACUGAAUUUGGACCAACGUUGAUCAAAUUGGGACACGAGGCUUGGAUGAUCCAGGCGAAUGCAUUGAGUCAUACAAGUUACGCAGGCUCAACGACUGAUGGUAAGCUUGAGAGUGUUUCUGGUGAAAUUAGUGAGAUAAAUGAGAAGCUCAAGCCGAAAUUGAAGAUCGAGGAGAUCACCGCGGGCUUUGAGAAUUGAUGGAUACUGAAAGCUCAGAGAGACUUGGGAGAUUGGUUGAUUGGUUGAUUGAACUUAGUCGGUUUAGCAAUGCUUUUACGUCGCUUCUUUUUUUAUCCCUGGAAUAUUUACUAAGAUUACUUUGCGGUUUCUUUAGGAGUCAAACAAGGGUUAAGAAAGCGAAUUUGGUGUGGAAUAAAGGAUGUUUUUAGGGAUCAUCAUGAGGGAUUCAAAAUGGAGCGUGGUGUGGGAUAUGCUCCGAUCGGUGGCAGGGGAGCUGGCUGCUGGUCAGUAGCUAGCGAUGGCCAAGUUAUUUCUGGUGAGCAAGCAAGAAUCGAUGAAAAGGUUACUACUCGUUGCAAAAUCGGUACUAAGGGGGACAGUCGAGCCAUUUUUAUGAUUGGGGCUUAGUGCGUUGCUAUAGUUGUGAUCGACUGACUUGUUCGUGGGUGGUUGAAUAUGUUGUCUGAGCGUCAGGAUGACUCGGAUCAUAUUAGGAAGGACGCAUAGUUGGUAGUAAUCUGUUCAAAUGGUGUGAACAUCAAUCUCUCA